AUGGGAUCGGUGAUGUCCGGCUUCGAGACAAUUGAGUCUCUUGUUCUCUACGAGGAUCUCAGUGAACGUCCAUCUGCAUCACGUGAUCUCGCUCAGUUCAUAUGUAAGAUGAAUCAUCUGAAGAACCUCACACUCAAUGGUUUUCAUCAUGAUGACUUCUACUCAACAUCAUCGUCGAUGGCAUCAACUACAAAGAUUGAGACUCUUGUUCUCAAGGAGGAUCUCAGUGAACGUCCGUCUGCAUCACGUGAUCUCGCUCAGUUCAUCUGUAAGAUGAAUCAUCUGAAGAACCUCACACUCUAUGGUUAUCAUCAUGACGACUUCUACUCAACAUCAUCGUCGAUGGCAUCAACUACAAAGAUUGAGACUCUUGUUCUCAAGGAGGAUCUCAGUGAACGUCCGUCUGCAUCACGUGAUCUCGCUCAGUUCAUCUGUAGGAUGAAUCAUCUGAAGAACCUCACACUCGACAGUCAUUAUCAUGAUGACUUCUACUCAACAGCAUCGUCUAUGGCAUCAACUUCAAAGAUUGAGACUCUUGUUCUCGAUGAGGAUCUCAGUGAACGUCCGUCUGCAUCACGUGAUUUCGCUCAGUUCAUCUGUAGGAUGAAUCAUCUGAAGAACCUCACACUCGACAGUCAUUAUCAUGAUGACUUCUACUCAACAGCAUCGUCUAUGGCGUCAACUUUAAAGAUUGAGACUCUUGUUCUCGAUGAGGAUCUCAGUGAACGUCCGUCUGCAUCACGUGAUUUCGCUCAGUUCAUCUGUAGGAUGAAUCAUCUGAAGAACCUCACACUCGACAGUCAUUAUCAUGAUGACUUCUACUCAACAGCAUCGUCUAUGGCAUCAACUUCAAAGAUUGAGACUCUUGUUCUCGAUGAGGAUCUCAGUGAACGUCCGUCUGCAUCACGUGAUUUCGCUCAGUUCAUCUGUAGGAUGAAUCAUCUGAAGAACCUCACACUCGACAGUCAUUAUCAUGAUGACUUCUACUCAACAGCAUCGUCUAUGGCAUCAACUUCAAAGAUUGAGACUCUUGUUCUCGAUGAGGAUCUCAGUGAACGUCCGUCUGCAUCACGUGAUUUCGCUCAGUUCAUCUGUAGGAUGAAUCAUCUGAAGAACCUCACACUCGACAGUCAUUAUCAUGAUGACUUCUACUCAACAGCAUCGUCUAUGGCAUCAACAGUAAAGGUAAAAUAUAAUAAAACAGCACAGGUUGGUGUUCUUGGUGUCAGAAUGCAAGGAUUUGUACAAGAAUGUUAA